CUAGCCCUCAAACUCUUCUACACCACACUUGCUUUCCUCACAAACAACAGCAAAGCAAAGCGUUCUCUCUCUCUCUCUCUCUCUCUGAACCCUCUUUUUCUGACUCUCUCUCCCUCUCUCUCUCCGACUCUUCUCUCCCUCUCUCUCUCCGACUCUUCUCUCCCUCUCUAGCCAUAUAUCUAUAUAUAUCACAUCAUCAGAUAAAUGGUGUCACUCGUUUACAGAUUCCUGAAACAGAGACACAUAAUCCACCUAAAGCUUCUCAUGAUUAUACUCAUGAGCUGUAUACCUGAUAGAAUCGAAUUAUGCUCCAACCAUUUCAAAGCAGCUCCAAAAGUACCAUCUCAUUUCAGCUCCUCUAACGUCCCUUUGUCUUUGGAAACACUAAGCCUAGAUGGAUACUUCAGCUUCGAGAACAAUCAGUAUGCAGCAAAUGACUUUGGCAAUAUGCACCAUUUCCUACCAUCGGCAGUCCUGCAUCCAAAAUCCGUAUAUGAUAUUUCCUCCACAAUAAAGCAUAUAUUUCACUCGGGUUCUGGUUCAGAAUUCACAGUUGCUGCUAGAGGCCAUGGCCACUCCCUCCAAGGUCAAGCACAAGCUCACCGAGGUGUGGUUAUCAACAUGGAGUCACUUCAGGAACAGGAAAUAAAGGUUGUCACUGGAGAGCGGCCUUAUGCAGACGUUUCAGGUGGCCAGUUGUGGAUAAAUAUUCUGCAUGAGACACUUCGGUAUGGGCUGACGCCAAAAUCUUGGACUGACUACCUUUAUCUCACUGUCGGCGGGACUUUAUCAUAUGCCGGCAUCAGUGGACAGGCAUUCAAGCAUGGACCUCAGAUCAACAACGUCCACCAGCUCGAGGUUGUCACAGGUAAGGGAGAGGUAGUUACCUGUUCAGAAGACCAAAAUGCUGACCUCUUUCACGCUGUCCUGGGAGGGCUUGGACAAUUUGGCAUCAUUACUCGUGCUAGAAUUUCCCUUGAAGUAGCACCCAAGAUGGUGAAAUGGAUUAGAGUUCUGUACUCAGACUUCUCAACAUUUUCUCAGGACCAAGAACACCUAAUAUCAUCCCGAAAUUCAUUUGACUAUAUUGAGGGUUUCGUUAUUAUAAACAGAACAGGUCUUCUAAAUAACUGGAGAUCCUCCUUUAAUCCCAAGGAUCCAAUUCAAGCAAGCCAAUUUAGUUCAGAUGGAAGAACUCUCUAUUGUUUAGAAAUGGCCUUAUACUUUAACCCAAAUGAUGAGGAUAAUAUGACCCAGAAGACAGAACACCUCCUGUCAGAGUUGAAUUUUAUUCCAUCCACUCUCUUCCUAUCUGAGGUUUCUUAUCUUGAAUUCCUAAAUAGAGUCCACAUUUCAGAGAUAAAACUUCGAGAAAAAGGACUGUGGGAGGUUCCUCAUCCAUGGCUUAAUCUCCUGAUCCCGAAAAGCAAGAUACACAUUUUCGCUAAAGAGGUCUUUGGCAAUAUGCUUAACCACUCAAGCAAUGGCCCCAUCCUCAUAUACCCAGUGAACAAAUCAAAGUGGAACAAUAAAACGUCCUUGGUUACCCCUGAUGAAGACAUAAUUUACCUGGUAGCGUUCCUAUCCUCAGCAAUGCCAUCUUCCACAGGAAAAGAUGGCUUGAACCACAUAUUGACCCAAAACAAAAGAAUUCUACAAUACUGCGCUACAGCUCAUCUAGGAACUAAGCAGUAUCUGCCCCAUUACAGCACCCAAGAAGAAUGGCGAGCUCACUUCGGUUCUAAAUGGCAAGUUUUUUUAAACAGGAAAUCAGCCUAUGAUCCUUUGGCAAUCCUAGCGCCUGGCCAAAAAAUAUUCCAAAAGGCAAUACCUCUUAGUGACACCUAGCAAACCAGGAAGAAAAAAAAUUACCCUGCAGUCCCCUGUGGCAUUUGGAAUACAGUAAUGCCCGAACCUAGAAAUUAGUGCCAGUCAAGUCUUAAUGUUCAUGGUCUGAACUCUCAACCAGAGACAGCAAAGUCAAAAAGAAGCCUGUGGAUUUUCUGACAAUUUUGUUGGGAACUUAGAACAAUCAAAUAUAUAAUCAAACGUCACAAUGUAAAACGACUAAA